AUGCUCCCUUCCCGCCAUCUCCGCGCCGCCGCGCGGCAGCGAAGCCACAGGCGGCCGGCCGCCCCUGCCGACGCCUGCAUUACCGGCAAGCCCGAUGCGGAGGUGAUCCGGCGCAACAAGGCCAUCACGGCGCACAUGCGUGCAGGCCGCGUUCCAGACGCCGAGCGCCUCUUCGCCGCGAUGCCCCGCCGCUCCACCUCCACCUACAACGCCAUGCUCGCCGGGUACGCCGCCAACGGACGCCUCCCGCUGGCGCUCUCCUUCUUCCGCUCCAUUCCGCGGCCCGAUUCCUUCUCCUACAACACGCUCCUGCACGCGCUGGGGGUGUCAUCGUCACUCGCCGACGCGCGCGCCCUGUUCGACCAAAUGCCUGUGAAGGAUUCCGUAUCCUACAACGUCAUGAUCUCGUCUCACGCCAACCAUGGUCUGGUCUCACUCGCACGGCACUACUUUGACCUCGCCCCAGAGAAGGAUGCUGUCUCAUGGAAUGGCAUGCUUGCUGCGUAUAUCCGGAACGGACGGAUCCAAGAUGCAAGGGAGCUGUUUGAUUCAAGGACAGAGUGGGAUGCCAUUUCUUGGAAUGCUUUGAUGGCUGGGUAUGUGCAGUGCAGUCAGAUAGAAGAAGCUCAGAAAAUGUUUAAUAGAAUGCCACAGAGAGAUGUCGUUUCCUGGAAUACUAUGGUGUCCGGUUAUGCGAGGAGAGGAGAUAUGGCUGAGGCAAGAAGGUUGUUUGAUGUGGCUCCAAUUAGAGAUGUGUUCACCUGGACAGCUGUUGUCUCAGGAUACACACAAAAUGGGAUGCUCGAAGAGGCCAAGAGGGUGUUUGAUGCCAUGCCAGAGAAGAAUGCUGUGUCGUGGAAUGCAAUGAUGGCUGCAUAUGUCCAGCGGAGGAUGAUGGAGGAGGCAAAGGAGUUGUUUGAUGCUAUGCCCUGCAGGAAUGUGGCUUCGUGGAACACAAUGUUGACGGGGUACGCUCAGGCUGGGAUGCUGGAUGAGGCGAGGGCAAUUUUUGGCAUGAUGCCACAGAAGGAUGCAGUCUCAUGGGCCGCAAUGCUGGCUGCGUAUUCACAAGGUGGUUUCAGUGAGGAAACACUGCAGCUGUUCAAAGAGAUGGGGCGUUGUGGUGAGUGGGUGAAUAGGUCAGCAUUUGCUUGUGUUUUGAGCACAUGUGCUGACAUUGCUGCACUUGAGUGUGGAAUGCAGCUGCAUAGUAGGUUGAUUAAGGCUGGUUAUGGGGUGGGCUGCUUUGUUGGUAAUGCACUCCUAGCUAUGUACUUCAAAUGCGGGAACAUGGAGGAAGCUCACAGUGCAUUUGAAGAGAUGGAGGAGAGGGAUAUUGUUUCGUGGAAUACUAUGAUUGCAGGUUAUGCACGACAUGGUUUUGGCAAGGAAGCACUUGAGGUUUUUGAUACGAUGAGGAAAACAUCUACCAAGCCAGAUGAUAUUACUUUGGUUGGAGUACUUUCAGCAUGUAGUCAUUCUGGCUUGGUUGAGAAAGGGAUUUCAUACUUCUAUUCGAUGCACCGAGAUUUUGGUGUGACAGCAAAACCUGAACACUACACUUGUAUGAUAGAUCUUCUUGGCCGGGCUGGGCGAUUGGAUGAAGCAGUUAAUCUUAUGAAGGACAUGCCUUUUGAGCCUGACUCUACCAUGUGGGGUGCAUUACUUGGUGCCAGUAGGAUCCACCGCAACUCUGAACUAGGCAGGAAUGCAGCUGAGAAAAUAUUUGAGUUGGAACCUGAAAAUGCAGGCAUGUAUGUCUUGCUUUCGAAUAUAUAUGCAUCAUCUGGCAAAUGGCGUGAUGUGGACAAGAUGAGACUUAUGAUGCAUGAACGUAGUGUGAAGAAGGUUCCAGGAUUCAGUUGGAUUGAGGUGCAGAACAAAGUCCACACUUUCUCAGUGGGUGAUUCUGUGCAUCCUGAAAGAGAAGACAUAUAUGCUUUCCUGGAAGACCUUGACAUCAGGAUGAAAAAGUCUGGAUAUGUAUCAGCUACAGAUAUGGUUUUGCAUGAUGUGGAGGAGGAAGAGAAGGAGCACAUGUUAAAGUAUCAUAGUGAGAAGCUUGCUGUUGCUUAUGGUAUUCUAAAAAUUCCUCCUGGGAGGCCCAUCCGGGUGAUAAAGAACUUGAGACUAAUGGACAGUGUCCUUCACAAAGAGUGCGUCCACUGGCAUGGAAGAGAAGGUGCUGAAGUUGGUUGGGAUGGGCUUUCCAGAGGAUCUGAUGAGCAGUGCCCUGAAGAGUGUCAAUUGUCAAUGUCUAUGCUGUAUAAAUUCUCAAUGUUGUGA